CGCAGCCACCGCCGCCGCCGCGCUGAGGAGCGGGGAGUCCGCGGCGCCGGCUCGGGGCUGCGGGAUGGGGACUUAGCGCCACGGCGGCGGCAGUGGCCGCGGCGCACCCGGCCGCCGCCCCGGGGUCCGUCCCGCCGGGGCCGCCGGGCGCGGCCAGCCCGCCCCGGAGCCAGGCCCGCGGGCGGCGGCGGCGGCGGCGGAGCUGGGCAGGUGGAUGCGGCUGGAAGAUGGCGCCCUCGGGCCCGGGCAGCGUGAGGCGGCGGUGCCGGCGGGUGCUCUACUGGAUCCCGGUGGUGUUCAUCAGCCUCCUGCUCGGCUGGUCCUACUACGCCUACGCCAUCCAGCUGUGCAUCGUAUCCAUGGAAAACAUUGGAGAACAAGUUGUGUGCCUGAUUGCUUAUCAUCUACUUUUUGCAAUGUUUGUCUGGUCGUAUUGGAAAACUAUCUUUACGUUACCAAUGAAUCCGUCAAAAGAAUUCCAUCUCUCUUAUGCAGAGAAAGAAUUGCUGGAGAGAGAGCCUCGAGGAGAAGCCCAUCAGGAAGUCCUUCGGCGAGCAGCCAAAGACCUCCCCAUCUACACGAGGACCAUGUCUGGAGCAAUCCGCUAUUGUGACAGAUGCCAACUUAUAAAACCAGAUCGCUGCCACCACUGUUCCGUCUGUGAUAAAUGUAUUUUGAAGAUGGAUCAUCAUUGCCCAUGGGUGAACAAUUGUGUUGGAUUUUCAAAUUAUAAAUUUUUCCUCCUUUUCUUGGCUUAUUCUCUGCUGUACUGCCUUUUUAUUGCUGCUACAGAUUUACAGUAUUUUAUCAAAUUUUGGACCAAUGGCCUACCUGAUACUCAAGCCAAGUUCCAUAUUAUGUUUUUAUUCUUUGCUGCAGCUAUGUUCUCUGUCAGCUUGUCUUCUCUGUUUGGCUAUCAUUGUUGGCUAGUCAGCAAAAAUAAAUCUACAUUAGAGGCAUUUAGAAGCCCAGUAUUUCGACACGGAACAGAUAAGAAUGGAUUCAGCUUGGGUUUCGGUAAAAAUAUGCGCCAGGUUUUUGGUGAUGAGAAGAGGUACUGGUUGCUACCCAUUUUUUCAAGUCUAGGUGAUGGCUGCUCCUUUCCAACUUGCCUUGUUAACCAGGAUCCUGAACAACUAUCUACUCCUGCAGGAUUGAAUUCAUCAUCUAAAAAUUCUGAAAACCAUCAGUUUCCUGCAAAGCCAUUGAGAGAGUCCCAGAGCCACCUUCUUACUGAUUCUCAAUCUUGGACGGAGAACAGCACAAGCCUAGGGAAAGGCAAAGCUGGUAUGAGCAAUCCUGCACUGACCAUGGAGAAUGAGACUUAACUCUUCUAACAAAAUGUACUCAUACUUCAUGAAAGUAAUGAAUGCUGCUGAUGGAUAGAAGAGGCUUCGCCCAGGAAGGCAUCUCUAGCGAGCUGUUCCCAUCCCCUUUGGCUGGGUGUGCAGAACGUGAAUUGACUAGUUCUCUCAGCAUUUGCUUAAAACAUAACACAUUUUUACUCCAGUAUGCAGAUUAUUUCAACUAACACAAAUUCUUCUUAAAUAUUAAAAGUAGUUAUGGUUUAUGAAUCAAGGACAAAGAUACCUAUCAUAAAAACCUGGAAUAAAUUCAUGGGCCAGUUUUCACCCAGAUAUUUGGGUAGCACAAUGUAUCACAUAAGAAGCCCAUUGAUCCUUUGGUUUUCUGAUUCAGAAAAUUGAGACUAUUAAGAUACUGAGAUUUAAAAGAUGUCACAUCGCAUUAUAAUGAUAAGCUUUAUUCAUAAGACCUAUUAGUUACCUACGAGAGUGUGGAGGGAGCAGAUGAGACUUGUUUACUCCCUCCGAUAAGAAUCCAGCCUCAGACUGCGUGAACUAUAAAAACUAUGAAUUCAUUACAAAUUUCAAGUGGCCUGAAGUUGAAGAUGACCAUCCUUUUUGUUUUUUUCUUGCCAGACUUUAAUUCUAGCCUUUUUUGCCUGCUGGAAAAGAAGUAUGAUCAUUGAAGCUUGAACUCAACUGGCUAGAAAAUCUGUCAGAUUUAAUACAUUUCUAUUACAUCAGCAAUAUAUUUUUCAUCUCUUUUAAUUAUCUGAAAACGGGUGACACUCUGUAAUAACAAUUAUGAAGAUUGGUUUAUGAUACUCUUUUUGGGGUUUGGAUUUUAAGUCUCUUUUUAGUUAUUUCUUUUAUUGAACAUAGCAAACAUAAUGAUUUUUUGUUAAGAAUUCUUUUGUUAAGAAUUCCUGAUGGGCCAAUAGAUUAAUCCUCCAUUGAUAUCUUUAUUAUUUCUUUGUCCUCUCAUCAGAAGUAUGACAGUUAAACUACGUAAAUACCUAUUAAGAUUAAAUUAUGCAAAUCAUCAAGCAAAAAUCAUAUACUUUUGGUAAUUUAGUUCAAUAUGAACUAAAUGGUAUGCUGUUUGGAAACUGAAUUUAAGAGAAACUAAAGUGGUGUGUUUGUUGAUGCCAAAAUGUUCGGCUUCAGUAAAUAUACUAAGAAGCUCUUGUGCCUUGUAUGCACUAUUUAAAAGUCUUAUUUUAUUCUUUUUUAAUUUGGUGAAGUGCAAGUUUUGUAAAUGCUAGCAAUUAGAUUACGCUGUAUACAUUUUUUGGUACUGAUUUUGAGGAUUUAAAGCAGAUUACCUUUUAAGAUUACACAGCUAAGGAACUGGUAUUUAAUCAAAGAGGCAGUAGUAUUAACUUUUCAAAAUCUGAUUUAGACAAAUUCAACACAAAGUAGACUGGAAGAUAAGAAGAUAAUGGAGUAACAUAUCCUUGUAAUUCACUCAUCCUUGCUAGAAGUAUGAAGUUUUAUAUUCAGUGACUUUAUGAAAGAACCAAUGUCAGCUCAGUCCAUUUUAUAAAUCAUUUGAGUGCAGCUCUUUGAACAAUAGGAUGGUGGUCUUUUUCAGAUUUUUCUUUAAAGUGAAAGAUUUUGAUGACAAUCUACUUAAAACUCAGAAGAUAUGAUGCAUUCUUACUUUUAUCUUAAAGCAUUUGGUCAUCAUUUUCCAUUACCUGAAGUGCCAGAAGUCUUAAGGGCAAGAGCAUCAUAUAAUGUAUUAAGAAUUAUAUGCAGCCAGAUUUUUUUCAAAGCACAGUACUAGGGCUGUUUUUACAGACAGGAUUCUGUUAGGUAUCCCCUCCUGUCAAAGUGGUAUUUUUAUUCUUUACCUUGCUAGAGUACUUUUAAUCCCUGCUUUAGCUUUUUCAUGUUAAUUAUUGAAAUACAUAAGUCAAUACACAUUAGAAUCAGAUAUGAAAACAUUUUUUAAAAUAAAGCUUUUCUCAUUAAGUUGUAAAGUUUCCCUUUUUGGUUUCAUACAAUGACCAAUUUUUAAAGGGUUUUUUGUUUAGUUUUGUUUUUAAUUCUAUGGGGUUAUAAUUUUUGGAGAUGAUGACAUAUCUCAUUAGAUAUGUAGUAUAAAUCUUAGAGUGAACAGAGCAUCAAAUAAACCCACGUUUUGUAUAUAUUUAUAAAAUGUACCUUAAAAACACUUUCAACACUUUACUUUAAAAAAUUUAAUUGCUUAGCUCAAAUUUGAAGACACUUGAAAUGUAAGUCUUGAGAGUCCAUUAAAUGAUAAUUUUGAUUUUUCCUGUUUUUAGAGAUUAUAUCAUAUAGGCAUCAACAUUUAAGAAUUUUUUUCAUUUAAAAAUAUUGUACAAAUGCUUCAUAGACAUUAACUACUUGCCAUUGUGCGGUGAAAGGUUUGUUCUUUCAAAGGUAAAGAAAAACUGCAUCUAAAUACAAUGAUGGGACAUUCAAGUAAGUGCUUAUCUAUGAAUUCCCUCUUGUUAUAUCAUAAUAAAGUCUGGUUGAUCACCUUUGA